CCAAGUUGAAUUCUAUAUGAAUGAAAAUACAUUUAAAGAGAGACUAAAGCUCUUCUUCAUCAAAAACCAAAGAUCAAGUCUGAGAAUACGAUUAUUCAAUUUUUCUCUCAAGCUACUAAGCUGUUUCUUAUACAUAGUUCGUGUGCUCCUGGAUGAUCCUACACAAGGACUUGGAUGUAAGGAAUUAAACCAGAGUUGUUCCAGUCAAAACUACACACCUGGAACGAUUGAUUGGUCUCCUAUUAUUUGGGUGAAUCGAAGCUUGCCUUUAUGGGGAUUACAGGUUUCUGUGGCUUUAAUAAGUCUCUUUGAAACUCUGCUGCUGAGUUAUCUAAGCUACAAGGGAAAUAUCUGGGAACAAAUUCUGAGAAUACCCUUUCUCCUGGAAAUAAUUAACGCUGUCCCUUUCAUCAUCACGAUUUUCUGGCCAGUCCUAAGAAACCUGUUUAUUCCUGUAUUUUUAAAUUGUUGGCUGGCAAAACAUGCAUUAGAGAAUAUGAUUAAUGAUCUUCACAGAGCCAUUCAACGCACACAGUCUGCAAUGUUUAACCAAGUCCUCAUUUUAAUAUCUACCUUACUAUGUCUUAUCUUCACUUGUAUUUGUGGAAUUCAGCAUCUGGAACGAGCAGGAAACAGGUUGACUCUCUUUGACUCCCUUUAUUUCUGCAUAGUGACGUUUUCCACUGUGGGCUUUGGGGAUGUUACACCCAAGAUAUGGCCUUCAAAGCUGCUUGUUGUCAUUAUGAUCUGUGUUGCCCUUGUGGUGUUGCCCAUACAGUUUGAACAGCUGGCAUAUUUGUGGAUGGAGAGACAAAAGUCUGGUGGUAACUACAGUCGACACAGAGCUCAGACGGAAAAACAUGUUGUACUGUGUGUUAGCUCUCUGAAGAUUGACUUACUUAUGGAUUUCUUAAAUGAAUUCUAUGCUCACCCCAGAUUACAGGACUAUUAUGUCGUUAUUUUGUGUCCUACUGAGAUGGAUGCUCAGGUCCGAAGGGUUUUACAAAUCCCAAUGUGGUCCCAAAGAGUUAUCUAUCUGCAAGGCUCAGCACUAAAAGAUCAAGAUCUGUUGAGAGCUAAAAUGGAUGACGCUGAAGCUUGUUUCAUUCUGAGUAGCCGCUGUGAGGUGGACAGGACAGCAGCUGAUCAUCAAACCAUUUUAAGAGCGUGGGCAGUUAAAGACUUUGCUCCAAAUUGUCCUUUGUAUGUCCAAAUACUGAAACCCGAGAACAAAUUCCACAUCAAGUUUGCAGAUCAUGUUGUGUGUGAAGAGGAAUUCAAAUAUGCUAUGCUAGCUCUGAAUUGUAUAUGCCCAGCUACCUCUACAUUAAUCACACUGCUGGUUCAUACAUCUAGGGGACAAACAGCCCCAUGGGAAGCUUUCAGACAACUAACUGGAACCAAGCAGACUUUAAACAGGGAGAGUCAGCAAUCAUCGGAACAAUGGCAAAAAAUGUAUGGGAGAUGCUCUGGUAAUGAAGUGUAUCAUAUUAACCUGGAAGAAAGUACUUUUUUUGCUGAGUACGAGGGGAAAAGCUUCACAUAUGCUUCUUUCCAUGCACAUAAAAAGUUUGGAGUCUGUCUGAUUGGUGUUAGAAAGGAAGAUAACAAAAACAUUUUGCUGAAUCCAGGUCCUCGAUAUAUCAUGAGUUCUACAGAUAUAUGCUUUUAUAUAAAUAUCACCAAAGAAGAGAAUUCUGCUUUUAAGAAGCAAGAAAAACAUAGAAAAAAACAUGAAUCAAAGUUAUCUUAUCAUGGAGCUUCUAGGUUACCUGUACACAGUAUAAUAGCCAGCAUGGGGACAGUGGCUAUUGAUUUACAAGAUACAGGAUGCCGAACGUCUAGUGGACCUACACUAGCUCUUCCUUCUGAGGGAGGUAAAGGGGGCAGACGGCCCAGUAUAGCACCCGUUUUGGAAGUUGCAGACUCAUCCUCGCUUCAGACAUGUGACCUGCUAAGUGACCAGUCAGAAGAUGAAACUACCCCAUCAGAUGACGAAGUCUCUGCAGGCUUAGAGUAUGCCAAAGGCUAUCCUCCUUACUCUCCAUAUAUUGGAAGCUCUCCCACAUUUUGUCAUCUUCUGCAUGAAAAAGUACCCUUCUGUUGUCUUAGACUAGAUAAGGGAUGCCAACAUAACUACUACGAAGACGCCAAAGCCUAUGGAUUCAAAAAUAAAUUGAUUAUAGUUGCAGCAGAAACUGCUGGAAAUGGCUUAUAUAACUUUAUUGUUCCACUCAGAGCUUAUUACCGACCAAAGAAAGAACUAAAUCCCAUUGUAUUACUUCUGGAUAACCCGCCAGAUAUGCAUUUUCUGGAUGCAAUCUGUUGGUUUCCAAUGGUUUACUACAUGGUGGGCUCUAUCGACAACCUAGAUGACUUAUUAAGAUGUGGGGUCACCUUUGCAGCUAAUAUGGUGGUGGUCGACAAAGAAAGUACAAUGAGUGCUGAGGAAGACUACAUGGCAGAUGCUAAGACUAUUGUAAAUGUCCAAACACUCUUUAGGUUGUUCUCAAGCCUAAGCAUUAUUACAGAACUAACUCACCCAGCCAACAUGAGAUUCAUGCAGUUCAGAGCCAAAGACUGCUAUUCUCUUGCUCUAUCCAAAUUAGAAAAGAAAGAGCGGGAGAAGGGAUCUAAUCUGGCAUUUAUGUUUCGACUGCCCUUUGCCGCUGGCAGGGUCUUCAGCAUCAGUAUGUUGGAUACGCUGCUUUAUCAGUCAUUCGUAAAAGAUUAUAUGAUUUCUAUCACAAGACUUCUGCUGGGACUUGAUACAACACCAGGAUCUGGGUUUCUUUGUUCUAUGAAAAUCACAGAAGAGGAUCUAUGGAUUAGGACAUAUGCCAGACUAUAUCAGAAACUUUGUUCUUCUACAGGAGACAUUCCAAUUGGAGUCUAUAGGACAGAAUCCCAAAAGCUUACAACAUCCGAGUCACGAGAAAUGGCUUCACAAUCUCAAAUCUCUAUCAGUGUGGAAGAAUGGGAAGACACUAAAGACAUCAAAGAACAGAUUAGUUAUCGUAAUAAUCAUCGUAAUUCAACAUCUAGUGAUCAGUCUGAUCAUCCCUUGUUACGACGAAAAAGCAUGCAGUGGGCCCGACGGCUGAGCAGAAGGGUACCGAGGCACUCCGGGAAAACAGCCGAGAAGAUAAACCAGCAGCGAAUGAACCUUUACAGGAGGUCAGAAAGACAGGAGCUUGCUGAACUUGUGAAAAACAGAAUGAAGCAUCUGGGCCUUUCUCCAGCAGGAUACGAUGCAAUGAACGAUCAUCAGAACACCCUUUCUUACAUCCUGAUCAAUCCUUCUCCAGAUACAAGAUUAGAGCUGAAUGAUAUAGUAUACUUGAUCCGACCUGAUCCAUUGGCUUAUGUUCCAAAUACUGCACCAAGCCGAAAAGACAGCUUCUGCAAUACAGUGGGACAAGACACCAGGGAGGAAACACAACUUUGAUAUGGAACUUAUCACAAAACUAAUAGACAAUUUUAUACACAUGUUGUUUCCACUAACCAUUUUGAAAACUGAGUGGUACAUUUUAUUCAGAUUUUAGAAACAAAAAGACAGUGGGUAAGUGACCAAAUUUAGAAAUAUGGUGUCUAGAAACUGAUUUAAGGUAUUGCCAGGCUAGCGGCCUGUUCAAUAUGGUGUUGAACUUUGUCAGCUUAACAGAAUUAUGGCACCUAUUGCUAUUUAACCCGUAUGAGCAAAUGAUUUUAAAAGUGACAGAUUCCAUCAUGUGUUUUGCUUAGAUGCAUCUAAGCAUAUUUAUCAAGGUGACAGAAUGUCAGUGACUAAGCUUCUGACCUAUGUCAGUAAAGAUUAUCUGAUGCCUCUAGAGAGACCAUGCAUAAUUUGUAGUAGAAAAUAUAUUAAUACCUAAGGCUGCCAAACAAGGCUUUGCGUGUCAAGAACCUAGCCUUUGGAAUAUUUUUCAAUCUCAGCCUGGCACCCACUUAUAUUAGAACAGGCUAGUUUCAGUCCCAUUUUAGCCUCCAGGACUUGAAUGUUAGUUCUCUGGGUUUACACAGAUCAGGUUGAAUGACACAACCUAGUCACGCCUUAGAGGUUGAGAUCUGAGGCGUAUCCGCUGAAAAUGAACUCAGAGGAGCCCACCUGGAGGAAAGUCCCUCAUCUCACACAGGCAGCCCCCCCUGCAUUUGCAAAAACUGGGAAGGUACUAUCUGUGUGAUGCUGCAAACAAUGGUAGCUCAGGUGAAAUAUAACCCUUUUUAACUUUAGUGAGUUUGUCAAUAGAAGCCUGAAUAGAUUAUGAUACAAAAGUGAGAGCAUCCCUCUAGGGAAUGAUUCAUACCACAGAUCCUUCCCAUUUCCAUGAAUAUGCCAGAACUGCAGCUAUCCAAAGUACAUUCAUGCCUGGUCAUUCAGAUUACCCAGAAAUGAUGCAUUUCCAUAUGAAAUUAUGUAUCACAUUGAAAAUUAAGGAAAUUUGUAAUCCAUUCCAUAAAACAAAUGUAGUACCAUAUUAUGUGAAAAGGCACCAUGGGUCUGAAGAUUCCAUUUUGGCAUUAAGUACACAAGAAAGCAUCUGCUAAUGUGUGAAACAUCUGAAGCUGCUACAGAAUCUCUAGUGUACACAUAAAAGAAUGCCACAUUUGGUCAAGCUUUCUAGAGAAUUAAGCAUAUCUGUACAUCAUCAUCAUCCAAAAUAACAUUCUUGCUUUGCCAUCUGUCACAAAGGGGGAAGAGCAUGCUUAAGGUGAAAACCCUGCUGUUACAAUUAUCCAUAUAGAACUGGUACAAGAAAUUUGGCAGGUAGUCUACAAUUGAAAAUUUGAUUAUUGUUUGAAUUCCCUUGAUGUCCUACAUGCACAAAAGUUCAGUCAAAAUGGUUUACAUUCUCUUCUACAUUAUUUGGUAGAACAACUAUAAUUUAUUUCUGAAAAAUAAAACAGCAAGUUGCCCAGUGAACAACUCAUGGAUGUGAAUAUGUUUAUCAGCAUUGUAAGGAUGUUGAAAUCAGGUCACAUUCAUAUUAGGAAUGAGAGCAAAUCUGCUAUUAUUCUCUCCCUUCCUCUUAAUUCUUCCAAAAUUAAUCUGUUCCAUAUUAAGUCAGAAAUCCUAAAGCCAAAUUUUAAAAUAACCCAGUCAUUAUGAACCCCUCCCAGACCAACGACUGGACUGGGACCUAACACAGACUUGCAGUGGACUGAAGCCAUCAGAAGACCAAGAGUUUUACAAGAAUAUAGGAUAACUGGAAAGUAGGGUUUCUCAGCAGUUUUUCAAUACUGACAUAUUAAAGUAGCAUCAUGGUUUAGAAGGGUUUCAGGGAUUCUUCACAGAGACCAUUAUUCUUCAGUGUUUUUUCACACACACUAGUCUUUUAUCAAAUUAUUCCCAGGUAAAAACAAACUAUUUCAAAUGUUCCCUCCAGGCACUAUGGAAAAAAAGAAACAAUUGAAACAGCUGCACAGACUGAAGUCUACAGUUCUUUAAAAAACAGUAUGUGGUACAGGAUCUUGUCCAAGACCUGUCACAGGAGUUAUUCCAGAAGAGAUUACAUGUGCAGCGUGUAUCGCUUCUGAUUUUUAGUGCCUUCAGUGUGAAGACUGGAUUCCAGUUGAAUAUUUAAAAAAAAAAAAAAAUACAAGGAUCCUUUGUUUCAUAUCAAAGGUCUUUCAAAUGGAAACUCAAGGAGGUAGACAGGAUUCCAGAAAUAUGCCUACCCUUCAGCUGGCAAGCUAGAGACUCUGCUUUCGGUGUCAUUCACACCCUGUUCACAGGCACUCCCACACAUUGCCUAUAGUACACCAUCCACCCAAGGACUCUCUGCCACAAGGAUCUAUAGCUGGGAGUGAUGCAUUUAACAACCUAUAAAGCAGUAGAAACAAGCAAGUCAGAUAUAUCCAUUUUUCCACCCAACUCAGCGGAAUUGCUGCUCAGCUGGAGUUAAAUAGUAGCAUCUAAUGUGACCUGAUACAGCUCCCAAGCUUAAUGAAUUUCUAAUUGCUCAUUAGCCCCAGAAAUUUGCUAAAGCAAACACAAAGACAGCUGAAGACACUUGCAGUCUCUAAAAUGAAUGAAAAGUAAUAUUUCUGAACAAAAUAAUAGGUUCUCUUCAAAGUCUGCUGGAAGGACAAGCAAGGUAAUAGAAGCAACAUCUUUUUUAUGAAGCAGAAGUUCUAAUAAUCCAUAAAUAAUAUACCACAAAGUUCUUUUAUUCAAAAUAUACUGCCUUUCACAUUAAAAGCAGAACAGCUUUGCUUCCUCUGUGAUAUCUUCACGGACAGACACCAUUCUAGUGAGAUUUGCACCUUCCAAGAACCAUCCUGAGCACUUCUACAUUAACACUGAAUGAGACAGUACACACAUUCCUUCAAUGGCCAGGAAGGCAAUUCUCCUACAGUCAAUCCUCUGUUCACAUGCUUUCUUCUCAUCAUGAUUGUCAGAAACAUAAGUCUAGCUGGACUGGAGACCAGCUUGAGGAACAGUAAUUGCUAUGCUCUCUACUGGAAGAGGGAUGUUGAAGUUCUAGAAUCAGCAGGUCCGAAUGACAGUUGAACAGGGGAAUUUAGUGUGGUCAUAGUUCACUCAAUAGAUGGAGAAGUUUAGAGCUAUAAUCAGUGGCAUAAGCAAGACAUUUAAUCCUAAACCAGUUGCCAAAGGUCACAUGACCAGAUAAUCUAUAUUUGUUUCUUUCAAUUGGAAAAAAAACAAAGCCCAAACACCAGGAUUAUUUCAAUCUGUGCUUAACUGUAUGUAUUUUCCUCCUAACUCAAAGUCCCCAACACAACCUUACCACAUACCAAGCAAUUUGGUACCCAAAGUCAUGAUGCCAGUGAAGAAAGUGAUAGCAGGUAAUAAUUACUUCAUUCUCACAAGGGAAUUCUCCAGAAAAGAGGGAGUUUCCUAUGAAAACAUGUUACCUAGUCUGCAAUAAAAAGUGAAAAAUGUUUCAGUGGAA